UCGUAAAGUUCCGUUUUACGUUGUUUACGACCAGAACACAUUAUUGUUGCACAUUUUGCUGAAAUACCGUCUUAUAUCUGUAUUUUAUCACAUUUUCACUAUCACAAAAUGGCAGAAGCUGACUGGGACGAAGUUAGAUACAUUGGCAAGAGACAGCCCAAAUCUGGGACUCUUAAAACUCAACAGCAACUAAGUGCAGCCCAGAGGCAAGGUGUUGCCAUCGAUACAGAAAAGAAGUUCGCUGGAGGGCAGAACAAGCAAUUCUCUGCAGCGAAGAACACGGCGAAGCUUGACCGAGAGACAGAAGAGCUUCACCAUGAUCACGUGGCCCUCGAUGUCUCCAAGAUCAUACAGCAGGCUCGGCAGGCAAAGGGAUGGACUCAGAAAGAUCUUGCUACUAAAAUCAACGAGAAACAGCAAGUGAUAAAUGAGUAUGAAGCCGGAAAGGCCAUCCCGAAUCAACAGAUAAUCUCGAAACUUGAAAGAAACUUGGGUGUUAAGCUUCGUGGAAAAGAUAAAGGACAGCCUAUGGCUCCGAAACCUGGAAAAAAAUAGCACACACUGCAUCACUCCAUUAAAAUUAUUGUUUCCAUGGAAACUGGAUGUGCUUUCAUAGCUACACAUACAUUUAUUCUGCUUUUCAGUAAUCUUGUUCUUUUAAGUGGUAUUUUCAAGGUUUUUAAAAGAGUUCGAUUAAAGUUAAGAUUAACUUUUGGCUGAAUGAAUGAGGUAAAUGGAAAAUUAUUAUAUAUGCUUUGGUUGGGUAACUUUAUAUGUAGUUGUAUUCAGUAAAUUAAAGAUAAUCAUGCAAGUCAGCAUAUGAUCAAUAGUGUUAUGUUUUAAAUAUUAGCAACAGGUACAAAAAGAACCUCUUUUAUUCUUCCUACUUGUCAGUAGCUUUGUUGUGAUUUGUAUAUGCCAUCCUUUACAGUUUAUUUCCAAUUUCUACUGUAUAUAUCAUGUUCGUCAAGUUUUGAUAUUUCAAACAGCAAAGCAGCUGUACAUGAAUAAACAGUUUUAUGUAA